CCCCUAAAAAGAAAGAAAGAAAGAAAGAAAAACAAGAGAGAAGGGUUUUGUGAGACCCUCAAAUUCCAAAGCAAAAACAAAAGAUAAAGAAAAGAUGAUGAGAAGAAACCUUGAAUUUCACUCAAACAAAACCCUUCAAUCACCUUUUCAUCUCUAUUCCUUUCUCUUAUUUCUUCUAUUUUGGUGUUCCAUCUCCCAUGGCUUCCCAAUUAGAGCCCAUCUCUUCAUUUAUGCAGGCUGUUCCAAUGAAAAAUACCAACCCAAUUCCCAAUUUGAAUCAAAUUUCAAAGCUUUGCUAUCAUCAAUGCUCUCCUCAUCUUCCCAACUCACAUACAAUGCCUUUGCAAUUGGAAAUGAUUCCUCAAUUUUGGGUGAAGGAGCAAUUUUUGGAGUGUAUCAAUGUAGAGGGGACUUGGGUUUAGCUGAUUGUUCAAAGUGUAUUCAAAGUGGAGUCAACCAAGUUCACUUGAUAUGCCCUAAGUCCUAUGGGGCAUCCCUACAAUUGGAGGGUUGUUAUGUGAGAUAUGAGCACUUUGAUUUCUUGGGCAAGUUGGAUACAAGUGUGAGAUACAAGAAGUGUAGUCAAAGCUCGAGCACCGACGUCGAGUUCUUUCGGAGGCGAGACGACGUGCUCGCUGAUAUGCAAGCUGGGGCAGGGUCCGGGAACGGGUUUAGGGUUAGUAGUUCAGGGCUGGUUCAGGGUUUUGCUCAAUGUUUGGAGGAUUUGAGUUCACAAGAUUGUUCAUCAUGUCUUGGUGAUGUUGUUGGGAAGUUGAAGAGCUUGUGUGGUUCAGCUGUUGCUGUUGAUGUCUUCUUGGGACAGUGUUAUGCUCGCUAUUGGGCCUCUGGCUUCUACCCUAAUUCUUCUGUUUCUUCGAGUGACGACCAAGCAGGGAAGACCGUUGCGAUCAUCGUCGGGGUCGUCGCCGCCCUCGCCAUCCUUGUUGUUCUCCUCUCAGUUUGUAGAAGAGCAAUGGGUAAAUAAAAAUCAGAACUUUUUGUGUCUAGUUCAUGUGAAGUUCAAAAUAAUUAUGGGUGUUAGAUAUCUUGUAGCUUUAAUGGAGAAUAUAAUGGAGAGAGAUGGAAUUUGGCCACAAAAAGUAUUCUUGUGAUGACAAUCUUAUCCCUUUUCAACCCAUUUGGUUUUUUUUUUUUUUUUU